CAUUACUGAUGACGUCUGUGUGACUCGGAAGAUGUUGUAGCUUAAACUUCAGAAAUUUUACGCGUUGUGUUUGUUUGUUUUUUAAAGUUAAUAUUAACACGUGUUCACAAAUGCGUAGUACGUAUUAUAAGCCCCAGAAUGGCACAAACUGCAAAUAUGCCAAAUUAAAAGGUUCGGGUCAGAUUAAACCGCACGCUGCUGGCUCAGACAUGCCUCAGAAACCACAGAAGAGCUCUCAGACUGCACACUACAUCGAGCUGGGAGGUUAUCAGUACUGGCCUGUACUGGUGCCCAGAGGUAUCAGGCUGUACACAUACGAGCAGAUCCCCCCGUUUCUGAGGGAGAACCCCUACAUCACAGAUGGAUACAGGGCAUACCUGCCCUCCAGGCUGUGCAUCAAAAGCCUCUUCAUCCUGUCCAAUGAGACGGUGAACAUCUGGAGCCAUCUCCUGGGCUUCCUCCUCUUCUUCUGUCUUGGGGUGUACAACAUGGCCUCGGUGCUGCCGGCUGUUGGCGCCUCCAGAGAGGAUUAUGUCAUCUACUCCAUUGGACUCUUCUGCUUUCAGCUGUGUAUGCUGUGCUCGGUGGGUUACCACCUGUUCUGCUGCCACCGCUCAGAGAAGACCAGCCGCCGCUGGAUGGCGCUGGAUUACGCCGGCGUUUCCAUCGGCAUCCUGGGCUGCUACGUCCCCGGAGUCUUCUACACCUUCUACUGUAAUAACUACUGGCGGCAGGUGUACCUGGUGACGGUCCUCGCCAUGAUCCUGGCUGUGUUCUUCGCUCAGAUCCACCCUCAUUACCUCAGCAAGCAGUGGAAGCAGCUGCGCUCGAUCAUCUUCUGCUCGGUGACCGGGUAUGGCCUCAUCCCCACCGUCCACUGGAUCUGCCUCACGGGAGGUUUCUCCUCUGAACUCGUCCAGGCGUUUGUUCCUCGGGUCCUGGUGAUGUACUUCAUUGCAGCACUGGCUCUCAUUUUCUAUGUUUCAAAAGUUCCUGAGCGGUACUUCCCAGGUCAGCUGAACUACCUGGGCUCCAGCCAUCAGGUUUGGCACUUGCUGCUAGUGCUCAUGUUUUACUGGUGGCACCAAUCAUCAGGCUUCAUCAUGGCGUACAGGCACAGUCAGCCGUGCCCCAACGCCCCCCAACACGCCUAGAUUGCUGUUCAGCACGCCAGGACUGCAGCUCCGAUGAACCGUCGUCUGCAGAGACUGUUCUGGCCUCGGUCCAUCAGUUUCCUCACAGAUGGACUCUCUCACCUGUGUGUUCAGUACAUCUCACCUGUGAGUCUCUGUGAUGAGGGAGGAGGAAUGAAUCCAGCGUGUGAGAUGACGUUUGAGUACUUCAAGCUAAUAAGAAACAAUACGGACCUCUGCGUCGGACUGACUGCUCACCUGAAAUCACUCAGGCUGUCACCUGCUGAGGCACCUUUAUAAACUCCUUGAGGACUUCAUGUUUGUGUGUAAACUGCAGACAGCACUGAAGGAACGGGUUGGUAACUUUAGUUUUUCUGCCUGGAAAUGAACCCGUGUCCAGCUGUUUCUAAAGGUUGAAAGCUGCUUCAUCUGACAGCAGAUUCAGGCUCGUCCCUGAAAAAGGAACUGAACUGUCUAAUGUCAGUAUUAUUAUACUACAAGUAAACAGACUCAAGAUCUUCUUUAAAAACAGACUCUGAAGUCUUUGUCAGUGGAAAUAAUCAAAGCAUGGGGAUGAUGUUCAGACAGAACAAAGUUUGACUUUCGUCAGUGCGGACUCUGCCAAGUGAGACGGGCCACAGAUGGUUUCAUAUAAAUGUACCCACUCUAUUUCAUACCUGAAGCUCUGAUUUUUUUUUUGAUUUUUUUUUUAAGCUGCUCGCUUCCUGUUCAAACUGAUGUUCAUUUAUAUGUAAAGAAUUUCAGUUUUAUAACUGCGUCCCAGCCGAGAGCUGCAGGAAUGAGUCCUAAAACCCCAGGAAGUGUUUCAGUCUUCCAGCUUCCUCGUCUACUUCAGUUCUGCGUUUACUUCCACAUAAUAAAAGAUGGACGUAGCUUCCUGGCGCGCUGUCCUGACCUCAGUCUGGUCAUAAUGAAAAGAUGUCCACACAGGAAACGACAACAGGAAGUCAGCGAUGGCCACUUGAACUAUAAGCAAACCUUGGCCAUCCCUGCAGCGCUAUGAACGCUGACAUUUAUUACUACAGACUGUUAUUUUCUUGUUUGCUAAAAGGUUUGAGCAUUUGAACAAUCGAAUUUAAGUUUUAAAACCCUAAAACAUCUGAUUUGUCACUAAGCUGGGACAGUUUUUAGAUUCACGAUUUAUGCAUUUCACAUGAACUGCAUUAAUAUUUCUGUGUAGCGUGCGGCUCUGAUAUCUACUGUAAACUCUGAUCACUUUACAACACUUUUAUUAUGACAAGCAAACUUCAUUUUUGAAAAUGUAUUUUUUCUCUUCAGCUUUUUAAGGACAUGUUUUUCCAGCUCGUUUAGGGUGAUGUGCAAUGUUUUCAUGGCUUCACUCCCCAGUGCAGCGCCUCUCUGCUGGUAGCUGUCUCACUCUGGAACAGAAAGCCGGAUGUUUCCUGUGUGACUGUUUAAUGUUUCUAAUGUUGAAAAAGGGGGCAAUGUUCUCCGGUUUGUGGUUCUGUAUUUAAAUUAUUCAUAAUGAGUUUCUUUUUGUCUUAAUAGACUCAUUUUGUAGGAGCGGAAAGUUUUAUAUGUUGACUUUUCAUACCUGAGUGUCAAACUCUAAAUAAAAGUAACCAUGUGCUGUUUCCA